ACGUGAGUCAUAAUCCACCUCUUCAUCGUGGCAGUUUUACAGCAUGUCUCAUCUUCCACCGCUUAACCUCCGUCGGCGAUUCUUCCUAUAUAACGCCGGCGAAAAUGACCAAAAAUCAAUCACCAGAAGCUGAAGCUUCCGUCGGAUGUAAGAUGCAGGAAAAACGUGAUCUGAGUUCAGCUACAGUUGAAACCGGAAAAGGGAGGAGCAGGAUAAACAAGAAGAUAACCCAUGGAUACCAUUCCGUUGAGGGCAAACAUCCGCAUCCGAUGGAGGAUUAUGUUUUUGCACAAUUUAAGCAAGUCGACGGCAACGAGCUUGGAUUGUUUGCUGUAUUCGACGGCCAUUUGAGCCAGGAAGUUCCAGAUUAUCUCCGGUCACAUCUCUUCGACAAUAUCAUAAACCAGCAUGACUUUUGGACUGAGCCGGAAGAAGCGAUUAGGCGAGCGUAUGAAUUCACAGACUCCACGAUUAUCAAUAAAGCGAUCAAGAAGCGUAAAGGAGGUUCAACAGCUGUUACAGCUAUCCUGAUAAACUGCGAGAAGUUGGUGGUGGCAAACGUCGGUGACUCGCGGGCGGUUUUAUGCCGCGACGGUGUAGCAAAACAGUUGUCCGUCGACCACGAGCCUAACAAGGAGCGGAAGGUCAUUGAAGAAAAAGGGGGUUUCGUAACUGAAUACCCAGGGGAUUGUGCGCGAGUUGAUGGGAGCUUGGCGAUGACGAGGUCGUUUGGUGACCGGAGGUUGAAGGAGCAUAUAAGUUCAGAACCAGAUGUGUUGGUGGAGAUUGUGGAUGAUGAUACUGAGUUUUUGAUCUUGGCGAGUGAUGGUGUUUGGAAGGUGAUGUCGAAUCAGGAGGCGGUGGAUUGCGUGAAGGAUACGGAGGACCCUCGAUCGGCGGCGAAGAAAAUCAUCAAGGAGGCGGUUGAGAAGAAGAGCAGGAUUGAUAUUUCUUGCAUUGUUGUUAGGUUUCAAUGAGGCUUUUUUGUGUGGUGUUUAUGUAGUCGCUGUAAAAUGACUCGUUUUGAUGUUCUUUAGUUGUUGGUUGGAGAAGAGGAUUACAUACAAGAAAAAAUCUUAUUACACAAACAAUGGAUUUCACCCAUGUGUAAAGUUUCGAACUUUCUUCAAUUGUUCCUGCCAGUUUAUACGA